UUUGGUACCCCCACUAUGAUCCCAACUCGUGGCUCGGAGUCGUCCGAGUUGGCCCCCUGGUCGCCCGCCCCCUCUUCGACCUCGACCGGCGUCUCCCGGUCACGCCCAAUGUCCGUCUCCCCUCCCUCUCUUCCCGACGAUAAGAAGAUGAAAGCAGCGACAGCGAGCAACGGAGAGGGAGGAAGAGGAAUUUGGGAUCGAGACGUAGGUAGCGCCCAUGUGAUGUCCGAAGCGAGAGAUCUGGCAAUCAAGCUGUUCGGACUGACGAUCCCUCCACAGGACGGCCAGGGCACGGCGGAACCUCCCGGUGAGAGCUCCUCCCCGUCCGAACGCCACGAGAAGGAUACCUGCACAGAAGUAAGAGAAAGUGAAGUUGAAACCUCUGCAUCAGAAAUGGUAGACUUGCAAAAACCAUCCACCUCUUCUGGUUUGAACAAUGGCAAUGGCGAUGAAGUUUCCACCCAAAACGAUGAAGAAUCAUCAGGACAGAAGCAUGAAAAGGAUAAUAGUGAGGCAAAUACCUCAGGCCAAGAGAAGACCCUUAAGAAGCCAGAUAAGAUUCUGCCAUGCCCUCGAUGCAACAGUUUGAAUACCAAGUUCUGCUACUACAAUAACUAUAAUGUGAACCAACCUAGGCAUUUCUGUAAGAAAUGCCAGAGGUACUGGACUGCAGGAGGCACAAUGAGGAACCUUCCCGUGGGUUCCGGAAAGAGGAAAAGCAAGAAUGCUGCUGUGCACCACCACAGUCAUAUCGGUGUUCCGUCUCAAGGAAUGAUUGGCAACAGGGUUGAUGUUCCACAGCCAGGAAUUUAUCAAGUUGAAACUGCAGCUCUUUCGGUCUCAGUGACCAUGGAGGUCUUGAAGAGAAAUGAGACUGUCUCAAAAUUUGAUUCAGAAGGACCACUCUGUGAGUCUAUGGCUGCAGUUCUUAAUCUUGAAGACCAGAUGAAUUCUUGUCAUGAGAACAGCGAAGAGGGCUCCUGCACAACAUCUGUGACCCCCUCUAAUUGCAUGGAAAAUGAUCCUCUGAAAGUUGCAUCAGGCAUGGAGAAAAACCACAUCCAGAGCUACUCAAAUGGUGUCACUCACAUGUCCAACUUGCCAUGCUUUCCUAGGCUUACUUGGCCAUGCACAUGGCCAUUGGGUUGGAACAAUAUGGCCCUUGUGAUGACGGGUCAGUGCUCUUCUGAGUUGGUUCACAGACCAGAGACUGGAAGUCCAUAUCCAGUCCCGUGGCCUCCUCAAGUGAUGGCCUCUUCUCUACACUGUCAACCUGUCAUACCCUUCCCAUUCUUUCCAGCUUCACACUGGGGUCACAUGUCUAGCUGGCCCAAAGAUACAUGGAAUGUAACUUGUGUCCAACCAAGCUGUGACUUACUCUCAUCAUCUUCUAUCAGUAACAAUGGGUGUCCCAGCAACAACCCUCCGACCUUGGGCAAGCAUUCUAGAGAUGCUAUUUCUGAGUCCGUGGAGAAAACAGAGAAAACUUUGUGGGUUCCAAAGACUCUGAGGAUCGAUGACCCGGAUGAGGCUGCAAAGAGCUCUAUAUGGGCAACACUAGGUAUCUCACCUGGUAAGAAAAUCAAAAGGGGUGGCGGCAUCUUUGAAGCGUUCCAUUCCAAAUCUGAUAACAAUCAGCCAUCAGAUGCCACUAAAGUCUUGCAUGCAAAUCCGGCAGCUAUGUCCCGAUCUCAGACACUUCAGGAGAGCACAUAAGGAAGUUUUGUUGUGUGCAGUCUAGAAAGCACAGGCUUCUGAUCUGGUAUUCAGAUGUAUACUAUCUCUGCCUGUCAUAAAGCAAUCUUAGUUUCAGGCAAGGUUUGUCAAGGCGUCGAUGUCAAACAUUAUGUUGUAAAUAUUAGAUGGCAGCGUGCACUGUCUAUAGCUUCUACCCCAAAUUUACUUUGCUCUGAGUUACCUUGUUACACUCAGGUGAAUGGAUAACAGAGCUUUGUUUCGUUCCAA